CCUACCCCUUUUCCCCCCCCCCCCCCCCCCCCCCAAACGAAGCGGCUGUCAAAGCUUCCUGUGGAGAUCUCCAAUCGCGUGCUGCGUGUGCGAUUUUGAUCCAUCGAUCUAUUUUCUUCUUCGUCGCCUCUAUUACUUUUUUCUCUCCUUUUUCCAUUGGGUUAUUUUUAAUCUUCGCGUGACUCUCGGUAGGUGGACUCUCCCAAGAUUCAUAGAUAGCUAUUCCGUUUUUUAGUACCGUGCUAGUACUGCUACGCUACUGUACCCGCCUUGCAAUCCCUCCUCCUCCUCCUCGUCCGUCCUCGUUCUUUUUUCUUCUCUUCCCUGAUCUUAUUAAAUAAAUACCUGUUCAUACCCCUCCCCCUCCCUUAUACUCUCUCUCUCUCUCUCUUUUUUCUUUCUUUUUUUUGUUUUUUCUUUCCUUCUCUUUGUGUGUUGUGUACCUGGAUCUCUCGCGUGUUGUUGCUUGGAUAACACAAUCUCAUCGCUGGCCCCUCUUGAGAUUAACUGCGCUUCGUUGCUGCAGCUGGAUUAAUUACUCUCGUCGCCCAAGUCCCAUUCUCUUCUUCUUCUUGCUCUUGUUCUUCUUAUUCUGUCCUGCUCCUCACAUCCCUGUCGCAUUCACAUCCACUCCUUUUUCUAUUUAUCAUUGAAUCGCGUGAUUGAAAUUGGGAACCUCUCCCCCAUCUCCUGGGAUUGCAGGCAUCGAUCGAAAAAAAAGAAGAAAAAAAAAGACAUCAAGAUUCUGCAGAGGGUUAUUUAUUAUACCCUAAUAUAAAAUCCCCCUCUGACACUUUAAUUUUUUGUCGUUGCUCCGCUUCGACAUAUUCUCGCAACAAUGUCUUCUCACGGUGAGAAGAACUCGGACCCGAAUAUCGAGAAGCCGGUCGACGAGGAAGCCAUUCACGAGCAAUCGCGUGCCGUCUCCGGGAAGCCAUGGAUGUACAAGCGCCCAAAAAUCGGAUCCUUCAAGUUCCCUUACUAUGCGUCCCCUACUUCUCAGCUGCUCCUGGUCUCCUUUGUCUGCUUCUUGUGCCCGGGUAUGUUUAACGCCCUGAACGGUCUGGGUGGAGGUGGUCAGCAAGAUCCCCACGCCGUCAACAUCGGAAACACCGCUCUCUACAGUACUUUCGCCGUCAUCGGUUUCACUGCCGGUUCCAUUGCCAAUCGUGUUGGUCUCCGCUGGACUCUUCUCUUCGGUGGCUUUGGUUACUUCCUCUAUGUCGGAUCUAUGUUGUCGUACAACCACAACAGGAACCUGGGCUUCCUUACCUUUGCCGGUGCCCUCUUGGGUGCUUGUGCUGGUUGUCUGUGGUGCGCCCAGGGUGCUGUCAUGAUGAGUUAUCCCGAUGAGAAAUCCAAGGGUAAAUUCAUUUCUUGGUUCUGGAUCAUUUUCAACUUGGGUGGUGUCAUUGGAGGCUUGGUCCCCCUGGCCCAAACCAUGAAUGCCCCAGAAGGCAGAGCCGUCGGCGACGGAACCUACAUCGCCUUCAUGAUUCUUAUGUUCAUCGGUUUCGUUCUUUGCUUCUUCCUGGUCGAAUCCAAAUACGUCCGCCGUGAGGACGGUUCGCAGGUCAUUGUCAUGAAGAACCCGUCCUGGUGGUCCGAAAUCAAGGGUCUUGGCGAAGUCCUCGUAUCCGACUGGUACAUUGUCGCUCUCUUCCCUAUGUUCAUCGCCAGUAACUGGUUCUACGCCUACCACUUCAACAACGUCAACGGCGCCAAGUUCAAUAUCCGUACCCGUGCCCUGAACAGCUGCCUCUACUACCUUGCCCAGAUGUUUGGUGCCUUUGCUUUUGGCUACAUGUUGGAUACGCCAUCCCUGCGCCGCACUACUCGUGCUCGUCUCGGCCUGGUUGUCCUUUUCAUUUUCACCAUGGCCGUCUGGGGUGGUGGUUAUGCCUGGCAACGCGAGUAUACUCGUGCUGAUACCGGCCUUGAAGAUUUCCGCAUCAUUGAUUUCAAGGACUCCGACUAUGUUGGUGGAAUGUUCAUGUACAUCCUCUAUGGUGUUUACGAUGCUGCCUACCAGACCUGCGUGUACUGGUUCAUGGGUGCCCUUAGCAACAACAGCCGUAAACUUGCGAACUUCGCUGGUUUCUACAAGGGUCUCCAAUCCGCCGGUGGUGCCGCUACCUGGCAAAUCGACGACAACAAGGUCGAAUUCAUGACCAUCUUCGCUAUCAACUGGGGUCUUCUCUGCGGCAGUAUUAUCGUCGCCCUGCCCGUCAUCCUGUACAAGAUCAAAGACACCGUGGACCUCGAAGAGGAUCUCAAGUUCUCCGACGAGACAUUGGAGGAAGUCGCGCCAACUGCCUUGUUGGAGAACCGGGGCAUGUCGACUGGGGCUGAUGUUAAAUAAAUACUCUUUUUUUCACAACCAUACCAUGUCAAGAAUGUGCGGCAAGGCGGGAUGUGGUGUGAAGUGGAAAGCAAAGGGACUAGGAUCCAGAGUCUUCCUUUGGAUUUGACUCGUGUAAUAAGGAUGGGUGUUUGAUUGAUGGGUGGUGGGUGAGGGUUAUGGGGGUUGGGGAACAUGCAGAGCUGCACAGUGAUCCACAAUUGCAAUGCAAGCCUGUGUGUGAACCAAUCCUCCCUUCCCUCCUCUGGCCAAUCCAUCAUUUCCAAACAGGGGCUGUCUGAGUAGUUGUUGGUGGCGGGAAUUUGGGAUAGUGAUAGGACGGACUUCUUACUUCUUACAUCUUACUUCUUCUUUCUUCUUUUUUUUUUUAAUGAAAUACCAAACUGACUUGAAAUCACAGAAGUGUGUUUAAACUCAAUCAACUCACUCUUUCUUUCUCUCUCAGACCUUCGUUCUUUUUUAAUUCUUUUUUAAGUCUCUUCCUCCCUUUUCUUUUUGGUGUCUUGUUUGUGACUUUCCUUUGUAUUUAAAACAUAUUCUCAUCAAAUCAAAUCAAACCAGGAAUAUCAGUAUAUAAACAAGACAGACAGAUCUCUUCUCAA